GAGCUACGUUAGAAAGGGGGUUUUAUUGCCCUCUAUCUCUGUACCUACUAAACUUGCUCUAGCCAGCGAGCGAUGGUAUUUGUGCACUCUCUUGCUGGUGCGCGAGUAUAGUUAAUACAGAUAUUAGUGGCAGUGCGCGAUCACGAGCACGACUACGGCCAAGGGGCCAAAAGAAAAUUUGGAUUAGUAUAAGCGUAUUUUCUCGACUGAAUUCACCAUAGUUCGAGCAAUUAAUUUGUUGCUGCUGCGAGCCCUCGGUCCGUUUUUAAAAUCGAUUUAUUUAUCCCGAAAAACUCGCGAUCGCGUUCAACCAUCCCACCAAUAUCGGACCCGGUUACGAAGUUGUUCCGACGGGCAGAUUCGGGGGCCACGAAAAGGCCGUCCCGCGCGCCUACAGAGAAAAAAGAAAAGUUAUGAGUGACCUGUCGACCAAUAUUUGUUUUGAUGCCCUAUCGGUUCUGAACGGCACCACCGUCCAGCUGGUCGAAAAUGUGUGCAGCAUCUGCGGAGCAUCGCAUUACACCCAAAAUUGUCCAGACUUUGCCAAGGGAGAUCAUAUCAAAGAUAAGCCCUCGCUUAACCUCUCAAGGUCAUCGGUUCCCAAUGGGCUGCUGAUAAUGGACUCCGGGGUGGUGGCGGCCGGAGAUGGCACUACCACCCCCUCACCCUCCUCCAGCAGCACCUGCGUCGUGACGUCGCAAAAGUUCGCCAAGGGAACGCGCUUCGGACCGCUGCUGGCCCAGAAGAGCUACACCCCCAUCAAGGGCCUGCCGUUCCCGCUGGUGCUGUUUGCCAACACGCCGCCCUCGUACUACUACGGCACCGAUCUGCUCAUGCUGGACUUUGAGCUGCAGACGCUGCUGAGCGGCCGGAACGUGUACCUGGACACGCGCAACGAGUCCAAGUGCAACUGGAUGAUCCACGUCAGUUUGGCGCGGUUCAGCAACGAGCAGAACCUGAUUUGCUACCAGGAAAACGACGAGAUUUACUACACCGCCAUCAAGGACAUCGAGCUGGGCGACAUUCUGCGCGUGUGGUACUCGCGUAGUUACGCGGCCAAAAUCGGCGCCACCUUGCUGGAGCCCAGCCCGUACGACAUUUGCAACAACAUCCUGCGUUCGGUCAGCCUGGACUACGGCCUCGACCUGGACCAGAACCAAAACUAUUUGGAGAGCUUCCCGUCGACGUCCGGUGGGUCGAGCAACCAGUUGACCCAUCACCACCACCACGCGAUUUCGUCUUCCUCGAUGGUUGGUGGAAGUGAUGUGAACAAUAACAGCAAUGGGGGCAACUCGGCCACGGUGACUUCCUCCAGUUUAUGCGGCGACGCAAGUUCCAGCAGCUAUGACAAAAUUUCGCUUCCACCGAUAGACAGUCUGAUGAAGACCACGUCGCCCAAAUACACCACCAAUCACUAUCACAUGUUUGAUCUCGAUCUAAUCGGCGGAACUUCGCAGUCCUGCGAGGACUAUGGCCAGUUCAACCCAACGGCCACCUCCUGCUCACCAUCGUUGGUACCGAUUCAUCAUCAGCAGCAGCAACAGCACCAUCACCACCCUCAUCAUCACUCUAGUCAGCUGUCCGACAGUCCGUCACAUUCGCAGUUUGCGGUUCAGCAACCUCAUCACAGCACCGUUGCGGACAUGCACCAGCAACAGCAUCAGCAGCUAGUCCACUCUUCUUACGGCGGAUAUCACCAGCAGACGCUUCCCGAGGACACGCUCAGCCCGGCGGACCUGAUCAACAUUUCGCUGGGGGCAAGCGACAUGAACAUUGCGUUCGACUCGUUCGAAGCUGGCAACUUGAUUGGGUACGACGGUGGUAACAGCAGCAGCGGAAGCAACCUGGCCGAUUCGGGCAUCAGCAUUGGUCAUGGGGGCGUUGGAUUGAUGGACGGCGGUGGCAAGUUGCACAGCCGGUACUCUUCCUCGAGCGAUUCGCUGGUCACGCUGAACGACAGCAUGGGCGGAGGAAUGGUUCCGGUGGCGCCGUCCUCCGUGACGCCGAUUCCAUCUGCGAUGGGUGGUGGUGGAGUGGGGGUGUUGGCGGGCGCUGCGGAUCCGGAAGCGGACAAAAAGUACCCGUGCGAGAUUUGUCUGCGAAAGUACAUGACCAAGUCGAACCUGGACAAGCACAUGCGCAAGCAUAACCUGUUUUUGUGCGUGUUUUGUAUGAAGCUGUUCCAACUGGCCGAGGAGCUGAAGGACCACGAGUGUACGGAGCGCAAGUCCAAGACCGCCUACCUGCACUGUCCCAAGUGUCUGAAGGUGCUGUCCAACUCCUGGUCGCUGCAACGCCACAUGAAGAUCCACAAGGACUCGAACGGGGAUCAGAUGACCGACGGUUUGCUCCGCCAACAGUCAGAGUCAUCCGAUAAGAUGCUACUUCUGGCCGGCGGUGAACCCAAGGACGAGCCGUCGAUUCCGUUUGACGAGCUCGAGUCUACCGGGCUGGACGAGUUGAAGCCCAGUCUGGAGCCGUUUGAAGCGACCGAACCGGGGACCGAUAUGGACGUCCAUCACCACCACCAUCAUCACCACCACUUGUUGGACAUGGCCGGGGACGAGGCAAAUGAUGGGACUGUUUUGUUGGAAGCGGAGCCGUUGCAGAUACAGUCGGAUAUGGAGGUUGAGCAGCAGGUGGAAUUUGAGCAACCUUCGGUUGCGCAGCCUUUGGUGGCGCUGUCGAGUAUCACGACGAUCCCGAUCACGAAUACCAGCUCGAGUCAGGACAUGAUCACCGACGUUCAGGCUCCAAACGGCAAGCAGCUGUACAAGUGCAUCGUGUGUGCAAAGUUGUUCAAGAAUCCAAACGCUUUAGAGAAGCAUCUGCGCAAGGUUCACACGGUCUACACCAUUUCGAAUGACUACAAGACCGAGAAGAAGGUGUUGACCCAGAUCAACCAGAAGAAAACUUCGCCGAUUAAGCCGGCAAUAGCCAAAGCACUCGCAACGAAGCUAACCCAGAAGAGCAAGAAGAUGGAAGCCGCGGCCGCAUCCAGCAACGGUGCAUCUCCUGCCGCGGCCAACAGUCCCACCAAUAGCGGUCCCAUCGUCAUAACGCCCGUGGAGCAGAUCCAGCAGCCGCCACCUCCACCCCCGGUCCACGUGCCUCGCCCAUACAACAAGAAGAAACAUCUGAACAACGUCAAGUUACCAACCUCGACGACCCCGGCCGGUCCACUGCAGCUCACGACCAUCCCGGCGACGGCCACGGCCAACCAAACAACGGCCGGCAACAAAUCGCACAGCAUCAUCAUCAUCUCGAACCUCGAGCUGACCAACAACAACCUGAUCGAUACUAGUCAACUGUUUUUGAACCAAAACAGCAACGCUCUAGGCAAUAAGAUAGAUGUUAAAGUAUUAAACUCAACGGACAAGUUACCCAAGCUGGUGCCAAUCUCGAGCCACGGCCCGUCACCACCCUCGAUUCUCCCACCGCCCCAACAGCAGCAGCAGCAGUUUGUCGGACUCCCGUCGCUACAUCCCACCACAACAGCAACAACGACGCCGACGACGGCUGCCCCCCAAUCCGAGGGUUCGUGCGCCCUGAACGCCCUCAUCGAGAGCAGCGGCAUCAACGUGGACGAAAGCCAAGACUCGCACCUGCUCACGCUGUCCCCGAUCAAAAUGGGCUCCAACAGCAAUGGCGGCGCCACCACCAUCAUCACCAGUGGCGACGCCAGCAGCAACAGCUUCCUCGGACCGGACGAACUCUCCGCAGACGCUAACGAUAGUAACCAGCAGCUGUUGUACGAAGACGGCGAUAGUGGCGAUAGCCCCACUGGUGCGCAACUAACCCAAGCCAGCUAUCCGUGCGAGGAGUGCGAUAGGGUGUUCCCGAAGAACUACCAGCUGAAGCGCCACAUGGAGAUCCACGACAGCACGUACUACAUGUGCCCGUACUGCGACCGGUCCCCGCUUAAGGCGAAAACGUCCGUGCGCAAGCACCUCAACACGGUCCACCCGGAGCGAGCCCCCCCGAAGGAAGAGAUGAACAAGUUUAUCGCCACGCUGGUCGUCAAGGACGAAAAAAUUCUCAACGAGCUGUUUAUCAAGAACGAGCGCAAGAUCCGCGCCAAGUGCGCCAAACAGCAGGCCAAGCAGCUGCAGCUGCAAAUGCAGAAACAGCAGCAACAGCUGUCGCAGCAAGCCGUGGUGAUUGUGCAGGAUGUGGCGGCGUCCGUUGGCGAGCAGCAGGAGGAGGUGAUCGGUGUCGCCUACUCGGAUGAGCAGCAGCCGGCUCAGCAAGCUGCGGCGAUUCCCGACAAUUCGCAGCAGUUGGGCGGUUACGAGAGUGAGGAGAAUCAGGGGGUGGAUUGUGGGAGUAGUGCGAACGGACCGGAAGUUAGGAGCGACGACGAGAGCAACGGCUUGAAGCGGCGAGUGGUCGAGGGAAGUGGCAGCGGAAGUGUGGGACAGUGCGGCGGCAGCAAGAGCAGUGAGGAGGUCAAGCGAAUUAGGUUGGUGGACGCCAAUGGUCAGGAGGUGCGGUACAUUGCCGCCGCUGGUUCGAACGGGACGGCGCUCAAAUAUCUGCGCAAGAAGUCGAUCGGAGUAGGCGAGGGCAGCAGCAGCAGUAACGGUGGUAAUCCGAUGCAUCCACCUGGGACCGCUGGAGGAGGGGGAGGUGGCCAGUCGACGAACAUUGACAACCAGAUGAUUCUGGACAACCUGUUUGACAACAUCUCGAUCGAGAACUACGAGUUUGAUGACAACACGUCCAUUCAGUCGUACAACAUGAUCGAGGAGCGGUUCAAGACGUCGUUCGACCAGAUCCAGGAAAAGCUGGACGCCGAGCUGUCCUUUGACGAGGAACAGCUCAAGUGGCAGAACAACCUGAUGGCGAACGACUCUUCCAACGAGAUUGGCGACAAGCUGCUGAACGUCGAGGACAACGUGCUCUUGAUUUAAGUUCUAAAUAUUUAUUCUCAAUGGUAUAGUUAAUUUCCCUUAAAAACCAGAUUAUCACUAGUUGUUUAAGUCAAGAAAGAAGUGCUUUUUGGUGUUUUCUUUUUCGUUUACCUGCUUUUCGUUUAUUUAAUUGUAAGCUCUAUUUAUUGCGCAUAUUUAUUUAUAAUUAAAACUGGUGGAAUUUGGCAGCAUGAACUGUACCCCCGACGUGACUAAGAUAAGUUAUAUUUAUCUACAGUGACAAUACAGAGAAAAUGAAUAGUAAUCAUAAAUAAAAAAAUAUUUUAAUGUGCCCAAACUUGUUGGUUCUCUAAAAUCAGUUGAUUGUUUUCAAAACAAACAAAACGCAAUCCACCUGUUUUGGGACAAACGCGUCCCUUUUUUAAAGGUUGAUCUAGUCGUCCUUGGGCACAGCACAGCCUUUCGAAUAGCACAACAUUUUAGCUCAUGCACAAAUAACUUGAAACUGAAGUUUACUCAGCAGGAAUGCAAUAAUCGAAUUCGGUGCACACAAAAAAGAAGCUUAAAAAAACUGUCGACGUGAAGGUAGCUUCCACAAUGCACAUCAUUGUUCGCACAAGUGUAAAUUUUAAGGUGCCACACACCAUACAAAAGUAGAGCAAUUUAAACAAAACAAAAAAUGUGCCAUCAAAUCGAUUACAAAAAAAAAAUCAGUGUGCCUUCUUGAUGCCAAAUAAAAAAAAAGUUGUUACAAACAUUCAUAUUUUCACAAGAGAGAGCUAUAUUCUAUAUUCUAGCGGUUAAGACAAGCAAACAGAAUCUCCUACACACGUGUUUUUUGUUAAACAAUAAGUUUGAAAGAGGGCGUGUCGUGGAAAUGCAGCAGCGCGAAACCAAAGGUGAAUUGAUUAGGAAAAAUUAAAUAAGUGCCUUAUGCAAACCCGUUACUCUUCCCUUCCUGUUAAUCAAGACUUGGGCGAAGCGUGAGAACGAUCGAUUCUCACCCAAUGUAGGCUUUUUUUGUUUGUUUUCUGAGUUCUAACAAAAAAAAUACUGUAAUUAAUUUCGUAGUUAUUUUUCCCUAAACACCUCCUCCUCCCCCCAUUUUCUGCUUCCAAAUUUUACAUUAUUGUUCUAAGGUUGAGAAAAAAAACAGAAGGAAAGAUGGAAGAGUGUGCUAGAUAACAAAAAAAAUAAUGAUUCGGUCUCUCACGUGUAGCGACAACAAUCCAAGGCAAUAUACACUUCAUAUACAUUCAAAACUAUGCGAGAGAGAGUUUUAGCAAAAGAGAAAAAAAAACAAGGAAUAGGAAGCGGAAAUUCGACCAGGAAUGAUUUCUAUUUAAAAACAUAAACUUUAAAGAUAUAUACAUUACUUAAAUUAUACACCAGCAAAAAUAGCAAAAAAGAAAAAUCAAACGGCACAAUAAAGAAGCACGCGCAUAUGGAAGAAUGCAUGAAACAAAUACAAUUUGUAUGACUCUUCCAGCUAAAUUGUGAACCGUCAGUAAGGAUGCUUUUCAAUGAUUUUUUUUUUUCCUGUGCAAGAUACAAUAAUUUAUUAUCGAAAUAAAAAGUUAAACUUUUCUCCACAAA